UUGGAAGUGAUGGUGUGAAGUUUUUUUAGUUGUAAGAGGAGAACAGACAAUUUAAGUAAGGAGUUUAAACAAGGAAAAUAAGGAAGACUAAUUGGCAAUGGCAACUCAACAACCUACAAUUGCGAACUCACCCGUUCAAUCGAAACGUGUAAAGAUUAUUUCUAUAUUUGGAAUCGUUCUAAUCAUUGCUGGUGUUCUCACUCUUGGGUUCAGUGCCAGCAUAUAUGGAGUAUUGCAUAUAGAAUACGCCCCAAUAAAUCAACAUAGCACUUCACUAGUUGCAUCGUUAUGGAUUAUUGCAACUGGUAUAUUGGGUGUGUGUAUUCAUUGCAAAUCAAACAGUCGAUGCCUAAUCGGGACAUUUAAUGCUUUUGUAAUUACGGCUAGCAUUUUAGCUUUUGGAGCUGCUGCAACAUCAGUAGCUGGAGUUGUAAAUUAUGCUGAAUGUAAACGAUAUGGAUAUUAUAAUUAUUAUGGUGACUAUUAUUUAUGCUAUGAGAGUCGUGAUUACGGAACAGCUGUAUAUGCAGUGCUUUUGGUUCUACACUUGUUGGAGAUAGCAAUUUCAAUCACAGUCACGGUGUUUGGCUUUAAAGCUUACAAUUGUUGCAGUCACAAUCCAGGACAAGACUCGAAUAUUCAGAUGUUUCAAGCUGCACCACAAGCUCUAAUUCUGCAAACCUCUCCUCAACAACAGUAUCCAAUGUUUCAACCGCAGCAAAACCAAAUGCUGGUUACAAGCACAUCUGGUCAACAAUUUAUGCUGGUACCUGUCACGUCACAACAAACGCCAAUUGUAUCGCCAGUUCCACUAAACAACGAGAACGUUGUCACUGCCCCACCUUAUACCUAAAAGAAGUUUUGAUUCAAUUAGGCACUAAAGUCCGACAGUGGUUCGUCGAAGUAUCGUAAGAAACGGUCUUAGUAACAAUAAUUUCAUUUUUUCUUAUCACUGCGCACUGUAUCUUUUAAAAGUAUAAAUAAAACGCAUUCACUAAA